UGUCUCCUCCCUCUUCACAUCGACUCUGCUCGCAUCGCCCUGUGCUUAAUAUCGUGUUGCGAAACGCUACUAGGAGCAAGGCCGAGUGAUUCACUUUACUUUGAGCUACCGUCGCACUUGUUUUACACCCAACUCCGUUCUUCUCUGCCGACUGUCUGGCUGCUAUCGAAUGGUUUUCUGGACACGCCGUGUUCUCGUUUAGUGUUGUUUCCCUUCGGGCGUGCUCGCCGGCUGGGCUUGCUUGUUUUAGAAGACGGCCACGCUUCUGCCUUCCCAGCGCCGUACACCCUCGAUUUUACCCACCCAUCCCAGGAAGAGCAAGUGCGGCAGGACCCUCGCAGGCGGCAAAAGCAAACAUUUAUGGCGCCCAGGCCUUUUUAGUGCCAAGAAACCCCACGAGCCACUGCCGUCUGCCGUCUGCCGUCUGCCGUCCCGUCUCCCGGGGUCACUUUCUGGUUUCGCGCCCACCAAACGGAGGUACCUUUAGGAAGAAGGGGACCUAUUCCAGGUACCCAAACAGGUACCUAGUCUCACUCGGUAUCCCCUCGACAUCAGCCGGCAACCGAGCACGCCUGACGCCCCCGGUCCGCAUUUCCUAACUGGGCUCGGUUUAAUAACCCGCGUCAAUAUCGAUUACCAAAUAGCUGGAGAGAGGAGGGCAGGCCACGAGAGACAACGACUCAGAGCCCGGCGGACUCCUCACUCGACUCCCUCAGCCUCUUGUAUCAGACACCGGGAACAGUCCCGGGAAUAGCUCCCCGAAGGAUCCGAUCGAUCUCCUUGCUCCGCGACCUAACCGGCACGGUGCAGACCACACGUCAGAGGCUACAGACCAGAGACCACACCCCCCAGCUGGGCGUGCCGGCAGCACGGAAAGCGCCGCCGCCAUGGCGUCGUCUCACACAGCCCGUCGCUCGACAGACCCCGCCGUGACCAGUUUCCUUCUGGGCAACCUGCACUGUCCCACCUGCGUCUCCGCCAUAAAGGAUGUCUUGCACGCGUCGUGCGGGGGCCAGAUAAAAUGGGUAUCUCCCAACAUCGUGACCGCCGUCGUGACCGUGGAACACGACCCAGACGCCCCCAUCUCGACCAUGGCCGCCCAACUCGAGCAGGCCGGCUUCAGGGUGUGCGGUAUCACGUCCACCCUCGGGGAGUACGAGGUCCCUGGCGCCCACGCUGCUGCUGCCACCACCGCGGCUGGCACCGGGGGAGAUGGUGCGGCCGACCGUGCGAGGGAUAAAGGGAAGCAGCCCGCCCUCUCACUGUCGGGCUGGCUUAGGUCUCCAGUCUUCGGCUCAAGGUCUCCCGCCGAUCGACGGGACGCGCACUUGAAGAACUGCGAGGAGUGCCGCAGGAAGAGUAUCAGCUCGGCAACAGGCCCAGAGUCAAAGGGCGAGACAGCUAUCGACUCUAUCGCGUCACCAUCGCAUCCCGCUGUCAAGUACCAGGCUGCCAGCAAGGACGAAGGGCUCUCGUCUUCGUCAAAACAUCCCAUCGGCAUGUCUACCAAGUCGUUCGUCACGACGGACGUCGAGGACGCCCCGGUAUGGAGGGCGACCCUGGCCAUCGGUGGCAUGACCUGCGCCGCAUGCUCGAACACCAUCACUCAAGACCUCAAGCAGCGAGACUGGAUCUCAAACAUCACCGUCAACCUCUUAACCAACAGCGCCACCAUCGACUUCCUGGACAAGGACAAGACGGAUGACAUAGUCGAGGCGGUCGAGAGUCUCGGCUACGACGCUGCUGUCGACUCGGUCGUCGUCAUCCAAGAGAGCGAUGAUGCCGCGCGACAGGAGCGCACUGUCGAAAUUGCCGUGCAGGGCAUGUACUGCGAGCACUGCCCCAGCCGUGUCACUCGAAGUCUUGCCCCCUUCGCCAGCCAAUACUCGCUCACCAUCGACAAGGAACCCACGCGGCAGCACCCAAUCCUGAGGGCAACCUACGUGCCCCAGCCGCCUGGGCUUACAAUCCGCAAAAUCAUAGCAGCCAUUGAAGCAAGCGACCCAGUAUUCAGCGCGUCCAUACACCAUCCGCCAACUCUGGAGGAGCGGUCCAAAGAGAUCCAGCGCCGGCAUCAGCGCCAGAUACUUUACAGAGUCAUCUUUACCGGCAUGGUGUGCGUGCCGACCUUUGUCCUGGGCGUAGUCUACAUGUCCCUCGUCCCCGACAGCAACGGCGACAAGCACCACCUCAUGCUGCCCUGGACCUCGGGCAUCAGCCGCCUGCAGAUGGCCCUCUUUAUCAUGGCGACGCCCGUCUACUUCUUCGCCGCCGACGUCUUCCACGUCCGCGCCUUUAAGGAGAUCUGGGCCCUCUGGCGGCGGGGGUCGCGGACCCCUGUCCUGCAGCGCUUUUACCGCUUUGGCAGCAUGAACACGCUCAUGUCGCUGGGCACCACCAUCGCCUACGUCAGCUCGACGAGCCAGCUCAUCGCCGCCGCCGCCUAUCGGCCCAGCACCGUCAGCGACUCCAACUUUUACUUUGACGCUGUCGUCUUCCUGACCUUCUUCCUCCUGCUCGGUCGCCUCAUCGAGUCCUAUAGCAAGUCGAAGACGGGCAGCGCGGUUGAGGCGCUGGGAAAGCUGCGUCCCACCACAGCCAUCCUUGUCGAGUCGCAAGCGUCACCUACCGACCCGGGCGGCCGUGAUGACGAAAAGGGUGAUGCCAACCCUACCGUCCUUGUCACGGACACGGUGGUCAAGACGGAUCUCCUAGACCUGGGCGACAUCGUCAGGAUACCACACGGCAGCUCGCCGCCGGCCGACGGCGUAGUGGUGCAGGGCACAUCGAGCUUUGACGAGUCCAGCCUGACGGGCGAGUCGCGACCCAUCCGCAAGUCUCCCGGCGACGCCAUCUACGCCGGCACCGUCAACAAGGACGGCCCCGUCCUGGCUCGGGUGACUGGCGCCUCGGGCCAUUCCAUGCUGGACCAGAUCGUGCGCGUCGUGCGAGAGGGCCAAGCCCGGCGCGCCCCGCUCGAGCAGUUUGCGGACUUGCUCACCACGUACUUUGUGCCCUGCGUCACCCUCAUCGCGAUCCUCACCUGGAUAAUAUGGCUGGCACUAGGCUUGACGGGAUCCAUCGAGGGACACUUCCUUGACGUCACGUCGGGCGGCUGGGUUGCCUUCUCGCUGCAGUUCGCAAUCUCCGUCUUUGUGGUCGCCUGCCCCUGCGGCAUCGCCCUGGCAGCGCCCACAGCUAUCUUCGUUGGCGGCGGCUUGGCUGCGCGGCACGGCAUCCUGGCCAAGGGUGGCGGCCUCGCGUUCGAGACGGCCAGCCGGAUAAGCUGUGUAGUAUUUGACAAGACCGGGACGUUGACCGUGGGCGGCGAGCCAAAGAUCACCGACUCUGAAUUUUUCCUCGCCGAGCGCGACGAGACAGAGAAGAAACAGGUGCUCCUUGCUGCCGUCAAGGCCAUCGAGGAGAACAGCAGUCACACAGUCGCCAAGGCGCUCGUCUCCUUCUGCGCUGAGCAGCCUCUCCCGGCCGGUGGAACCAUCGACGACGUGCAGGAGAUUCCCGGAAAGGGCAUGAAAGGAGCGUACGUGCCCGGCGAUGGCUCCCCCGCAUUUGAUAUUAUCGUGGGCAACAUGGCGCUCAUGGACCAAUUUUCCGCCCCGGCGCCCGAGGGCCUGCAUAAGACCAUCACUGCGUGGACCGAGGGUGCCAAGUCGGUCGCCUUGGUCGCCUCCAGGCUACACUCGCAAGUGCCCGGGGACGACGAGAAGGGGGCUAGCAACACGGCCCCAUUCUCCAUCUGCGCCGCCUUCGCCAUGUCGGACCCGGUCCGGCCCGAGGCGCGCGCCGUCGUCGCGGCGCUGCGCCAGCGCGGGCUGCAGGUGUAUAUGCUCUCGGGCGACAACGCGGCCACGGCGCGCGCCGUCGGAGCGCGCGUGGGCAUUGAGGCCGAUAACGUCCUGGCCGAGGUGCUGCCCGCGCAAAAGGCGGAGCAGAUCAAGCGCCUGCAGGCGAUGGCAGCCGAGCCCGUAUCUUCCAAGAAGCAGCAGCGGCGCGCCAUCGUGGCCAUGGUGGGCGACGGGGUCAAUGACGCACCCGCGCUGGCGCAGGCCGACGUCGGCGUCGCGGUCGGGUCCGGGUCCGACGUGGCCAUCUCGAGCGCCGGCUUCGUGCUGGUGCACAGCGACCUGCGCAACGUGGUGACGCUGCUCGAGCUCUCGGCCGCCGUGUUCCGGCGCAUCAAGCUCAACUUUGGCUGGGCCCUCGUCUACAACGUGCUCGCCGUCCCGGUGGCCGCCGGCGUCCUGUACCCGGUCACCACCCAGAUGGGCCAGCACGUCCGGUUCAACCCGGUCUGGGCCAGCCUCGCCAUGGCGCUGAGCAGCAUCAGCGUCGUGCUCAGCUCGCUCGCGCUGGGCACCAGGUGGUGGGCGGUCGGGUUCCGCGCCAGCAGGGUCGGGGUGGCGGCGGACGAUGGCGUCGCGCCGCUCGAGGGCGUCGUGGUGGUGUCGAGCGAGGCUGGGGAGGACAAGGUCUGAUUUCCUGGUGCUGUACGCGAACACCUCGAGCUCUCGCUGCUGCCGGCUCUCACUGACUCCCAUUUGUUUGGUCUUUUGUUUCAUGUCUACUUUGCUGGACGGGUCGCAAUUCCUUGGUCCUUGACAGUCCUGCCUUUUUAUUCGUAGAAUGGGGUUCCUUAGCUGCCAGCUCUCGCGGGUUUGCUCAGCUGAGAUGGUCGCAACAUAUUGCUCUUUCCUGUAUGGCCUUUACGCGGCCGAGUUAUUCUUCAUCCGUACAAACUUUAUUCAUUGCUUUCUUCGGUAGUAUUCGAACCCGU